AUGAUGCUACACUUUGAUACACUGGAUGGUCCUAAUACCGCAGUGUUCAAUCGCCGCCGCGGUCCACGGCCACCGAAACGCGUGAUUUUGCGAGAUGGCAAACAAGCGCGCCAGAUGUUGAUGGGCAUGGCGCUGGGCUGGCACGUCAUGGGCCAGGCACUGCGGAAUGUGUACUUUACCAUCAAGACGCAAGUGGAAGCGCAAGUCUUGUUGGUAUUAGUGGGACCGUUCUUGAUCAUUCCCUUGUCCAUGUUGGCGGUGCCGCUGUUGUUUCUGGGUGUGUCGGCCAUGAUGGCAGUCUCCGUGGCCAGCAAUAUCGAGAACUUUACCGCCUUUCAAAAGGUCGUCGAACGACAACGAUUCAAUCUUGUUCGACAAAAGAGGAUGCGAAUGAAAUCGGGAAGAUAUGGUGACGAUGACGAUGACGAUGAUAGUGAGGCGUCUCGGAGAGGCGGACUCCGUCGAUUGGGACGGUUUGGAGUGCGGGCGAGUAGUACCGGAAACAUCAACAAGACCACUACGCUUACUCGACGAGCCGUCGGUGUUGUCCCCACCACACGAAGCAGUCUGGCACCACGAGAAAUCAGUACUACUACUCGCCGCGGACAGAUUCUUCGCAGUCAGUCGUACUGCGUUCAGGGAGCUCUACGAGGAUGA